AUGACUUCGUACCAUCUACCUCCUGUUGCGUUCGUCGUGACCUCAGUUGGUGUAUGCAUUGUUGUUUGGGAUCUAGGGUGGCGUCUUUGACUGCGGUAAAUCAAAUCGAUUUUAAACCUCCUGAGGAGCCUAUGAGAAUGUUUUCAAAGGGAGUCUAACGUAAACAAAUAGCACGUUGGAAAAUAUGAAUAAGGGAAAAGGUUCGAAAAAGAAGAGCUCGUCACAAGGGGCCACUUGGCAAGGACCUGCGCAACUCCGUGAUAUUGCAGAAACUACGCCAACCCAUGAUAGUGCAGAAACUGCGCCACCCCGAGCUAAUGCAAAUAUGCUAUUGGAAUUGGGGAGAAGAGGUAAACAAAGAGAACAAAAUGAAGCAAGAGCACCUCUACAAGGCCAUCAUAUUAUUAACAAAGACUGUAUAACUUUGUACAAAAAAAUACUAGAAGUGUUCGUCGAUAAAGACGUGGAUAACAUUUUCUAUGGAAAGAGCUUUGGCUUCCUUAAGGAGAAGCACAUUAUAAAUGACAAAUUUUUACCCAAUGGCUUUGUGCUGCAGGACAAUCCACUUCAAGAAGUAGCCAACGAAAUAACUGAGAUGACAGCUAACGAGCCCCAGGAUUAUGCACGGCAAAAAGGAAACAAAGGAGUAGACAUAAACGCAGAAAAUUACGGAGCAGCUAAAGUAACACUAUUGCGAGAUGUACAUUCAAUAAUGAGUGAUAUUUGUUCUAAUGCAAAGAAAAACAAAGAGAAAACUGAAGAACUUAGUUCCGAAAAAGAUAGUGACGAAGCACAAGGGGAUAAGGAUGUAUAUAAGAAAAUUGAAAAACUUAGCUCUACGAUAGAAGAAUUGUUUACUAGUAAAGAAGUGUACAUAGAUCAUCGGGCCUUACACUGGCGGAAAAAGGAGUUAGGCGAAACUAAAUUUGAUGAAAUAACAAAAUUUAACUUAUGCAAAGAAAGAGUCGAGAAGCUUUUUAAAGAUAUUGCACACGAGGAGGGAAUACAGCUCGUCGUGCAUUGGGGACAGUGGGCUUUUCGUGUAAGCGAAGGGCUCCGCUACGGAUAUGUGGUCAAUAGCGAAAACUAAAUUAGUUACUGUCUGUCCAUGGCUUUUUAUACAUUAGAAAAAAACUAUUUCCACUAGUUGUGAAAAAUGGAUUCAAACCAGUCCCGUGUGUCUACUUUGGUAUUGUUUUUUCUACUGCAUUGUUCCAAUUUUUUUGCAGAAAAGUUAACAAAUAUCAGAGCUCGCUUUCUGGUUAUUGUUAAAAGCAUUUUUUUAAAUCAACUCAGGACGUACUGACUACUUCGUAACUGUAAAGAUCAUUUCUGUUUGUUUGUAAUUAGUUUUGUUUGUUGAAAAGUACAGCGUAAGUGAAUGAUCACCUUGAAGAAGAAGGGAAAGUUAGGAAAAGAAGAGAAAAUUAGGCAAAAGAGAUGCGGAAAGAAGAGACAGAGAGUGGUAGUUUUCUCAGAAAUGUACAAUGGACGAAAAAUUGGAUUUAAACAGAUUUGCAACUGAAGUUAAUAUGGUGCAAAUUUAGGUCUUCAGAUUUGACCUAAAUUCGCAUUGGAAGCAAUGAUGAUGCAAACGCAGAUAUUUAUUCCCGUUGUAUUUGCGCGAAAAUGUGAAGUAGAUAUGAUAUCUACUUCACCUUUCCUUCGUUUUUUAUGCCUCCGCAAUUCAACAAAUUUGGCUUACAUUGGUACAGAGAGCUAACCGCCUCCCGGUUAGCUCAAUGGAAAGAGCACUGGACUG